AUGGUUGAACAAGUAGAUAAGAGAAGAAAGAUCGAAGGGUCUACUUCUACCAAAGUCGUAAGACCUUCCAAGAUAUUCAGUCCGUUCAGAGUUUUAGGUAAUGUAACCGAUUCAACACCAUUUGCUUUAGGUACUUUAGGAUCCACCUUUUAUGCUGUUACAUCGGUUGGAAGAUCCUUUCAAAUCUAUGAUUUAGCUACUUUACACUUAUUAUUUGUUUCCCAAUCACAAACUCCAACCAAGAUCGCUUGUCUUGCUGCUCAUUAUCAUUACGUCUAUGCGGCAUAUGGGAAUAAGAUUGGGAUUUAUAAGAGAGGAAGAUUGGAACAUACUUUGGAAUGUAGUGGUUCCAGUUCUGGAUAUGUAUCACAUAUGACUAUUUUUGGUGAAUAUCUCGUCGCAGCUACUAAUGAAGGGGAUAUCAAUGUAUUCAAGAAAACUCAAGGUUCAAAGUAUCAAACUGAAUUAUAUACUACUAUUAAGGUCAUCAACUCUUCUAUUGAUGGAGAAGUUGUUGGCUUGAUCCAUCCUCCUACGUAUUUAAACAAAAUUGUUGUUGCCUGCACUGGAGGAACAGAAUCAUCGAGUAAAGUUACAUCCAUCUCAUUCAGAACCGAUGGAUCUCCUCAUUUGGUUGCAGGUUUAAAUAAUGGUGAUCUUUUCUUUUAUGAUUUAAACAAAAAGGCCAGAGUUCAUAUUUUAAGAAAUGCCCAUAAGGACACUCAUGGAGGUGUUUCUAAUGUUAAAUUCUUAAACGGACAACCAAUUGUUUUAACCAACGGUGGUGAUAAUCAUUUGAAAGAAUUUGUAUUUGAUCCAAAUUUAACCACUUCCAAUUCUUCCAUCGUUUCCCCUCCACGUCAUCUUAGAUCAAGAGGUGGUCAUUCUGCUCCUCCAAUUGCAAUUGAAUUCCCUCAAGAAGAAAAAUCACAUUUCGUGUUUAGUGCUAGUAGAGAUAGAUCAUUCUGGAGUUUUUCUUUAAGAAAAGAUGCUCAAGCACAAGAAAUGUCCCAAAGAAUGCAUAAAUCCAAAGAUGGAAAGAGACAAGCGGGACAAGUUUCUUCACUUCGUGAAAAAUUCCCGGAAAUAUUCGCUAUUACUUCUUCUCAAGCUAGAGAAGGCGAAUGGGAAAAUGUCUUGACUGCUCAUAAAGAUGAGACAUUUGCCAGAACUUGGGAUUCUAGAAAUAAGAGAGUUGGCCGUCAUGUUUUGAAUACUAUUGAUAAUGGGAAGGUUAAAUCUGUUUGUAUUUCACAAUGUGGGAAUUUCGGGUUAGUUGGUUCUGCAUCAGGUGGGAUCGGGGUUUUUAAUUUACAAUCUGGUAUCUUACGUAAGAAAUAUGUAUUACAUAAGAAUUCAGUUACUGGUUUAGCUAUUGAUGGAAUGAAUAGAAAGAUGGUUAGUUGUGGUUUAGAUGGUAUUAUUGGAUUUUAUGAUUUUGGUAAAUCUAAAUAUUUGGGGAAAUUGCAACUAGACUCGCCUAUUACUUCUAUGGUUUAUCAUAAAUCGUCAGAUCUUGUUGCAUGCGCUUUAGAUGAUUUAUCUAUCGUUGUUGUCGAUGUUACUACUCAAAAGAUUGUUAGAGUCUUAUAUGGUCAUACCAAUAGAAUUUCCGGAAUGGAUUUCUCUCCAGAUGGAAGAUGGAUUGUUUCUGUUGCCUUGGAUUCGACUUUAAGAACCUGGGAUUUACCUACUGGAGGAUGUAUUGAUGGUGUCGUCUUACCUACAGUCGCAACUUCUGUAAGAUUCUCACCACUUGGUGAUUUAUUAGCAACUACACAUGUUUCAGGUAAUGGUAUUUCUCUCUGGACUAACCGAGCCCAAUUCAAACCAAUAUCCACCAGACAUGUUGAAGAAGAAGAUUUUUCCACGAUUUUAUUACCAAAUGUUUCUGGUGACGCCGGAUCAACUCUCUUAGAUGGAGCAUUAGAAACUGAACAAGAUGAAGAAAUCCCUAUUACUGAAAGAUAUGAUACCGUUGAUCAAAUCGACGAGAGCUUAGUUACAUUAUCUGUUGGUCCAAGAUCUAAAUACAAUACCUUACUUCACUUGGAUAUUAUCAAGCAAAGAAACAAACCAAAGGAAGCACCUAAGAAACCCGAAAAGGCUCCAUUCUUCUUACAAUUAUCUGGUGAAGCUGUUGGUGAUAGGGCUUCUGUUGCUGAAGGUAAGGUUCAAAAUGAUGGCAAUGACACCAACCAAGAAGAAGAAAGUAGAUUGCGUAAACUUAAGACUGAUGAUGGUUAUUCAUUUGAAUCAGAAUUUACUAGAUUGUUAAGAGAAGGUUCCGAAAAAGGUGAUUAUACUGACUUUUUAACAUUUUUGAUUAAAUUAGCACCUUCAACCACUGAUUUAGAGAUACGAUCUUUGAAUUCAUUCCCACCAUUGGAUGAAAUGGCUAAUUUCGUGGAAGCUUUGAAUGCUGGGUUUAAAUCCAAUCAAAACUACGAAUUAUACGAAGCCAUUUUCGCAAUCUUCUUAAAGAAUCAUGGUGAUGUCAUCCAUAACUUCCCUAAUGAUGUUAGAUUACAUUCAGCCUUGAAUGAUUAUCAAAUCUUACAACAAGAAGAAUCAAUGGAUGAAUUGGUGAAAUAUUGUUCUGGGGUAAUCAAUUUUGUUAGUCGAGUUUAA